AUGAGUGAUCAGCCAAACCAGAAGAUUGAUCUCGCACAAGUUGUUCCCAAUGCCGUGGGCAUGCUAGCAUUUGAUGAAAAUGAUAAUGUAAUUGAGGCCUCCGGUUUGGGUAAGGAUAGAGUUACUGAUAUUGCGCAAUUAAAACUGGUGGAACUUGAUAGUGAGGGCUUUGGACUCCUACAAGUAGAGAACGUUCAAAUUAUAAUUUUGAAGCAAGAAGGCAAAAUGAUUGCCGUUUACACAUAUAUUAAACCUUAA